AUGGAGCAUGCUAUAUUGGAACGGUUGGAGAAGCACUUUGGUGAGGGUCCAGUUCCAGCUCAGGAUGUCCGAGACCUGCUGCGAAAGUUGAAGGUUGCAGAGUCGAGCAUCGAUUGCGCACUGCAGCCAUUCGAAGCCGCGGGCGCGUGCGGUCUCACAUGCAAGGGGCUCGUGUCUUGGAUUUUUGACAGCCCUGCAGGGAAGCUAGAUAAUCACGGUGAGAUCUUGGCAGAAGACCUCGGCACUCGCCCUGGAUCAGAGCCAGCAACGGCGAGAGCUCGGAAGAUAAGGGCAGAACUGAAUAUGACUGCUGACCGGUUCGAAGACUACACGCACCUCUUGGCUAAGUUCUCAAGGAGUUGCGAAAUUGCAAGCACAGAGCUGAGGGGAAUCACGCUUGAGCAGCUCUGCGUUGUGGAAAGCUUCGUCACACAGCAUGCUGACGAGUGGGAAUGGUUUGACGUGCGAUCGAAGCAACCUGUUGAUCCGGCCCUGGCCAACCUUUACCAUGUAAACAGCUGGCUCAUCAUGCCAGCCACAAACGCAGAAGAUUGUGCUUGGGUGGAGCUGGUAGCCAAGGGUAAUCAGCGGCCACAGUGGUUCUGCAGCCAUUGGUGGGGCGAACCUGUGCGAGAUUUCAUCCGAUGUGUCUCUCAGCACAAGGAAGUGCGCUGCUUCAACCUAGGGUCCGCACGGGCUGACUCGGAAGAGUCCGUUUGGGCAUACUGGGUUUGCGCCUAUGCCAACAGGCAGCACUCGCUGGAGGCAGAGCUUUCCUCAGAUCCGAAGUCGUCCAGUUUCUUCAAAGCGCUGCAGCUGGUGGAGGGCAUGCUGAUCAUCUUGGACACCAAUGCCACGCCUUUCACUCGCCUGUGGUGUGCUUUUGAAGCUUACACUGCCCUGAGUGGCAGGAAGGAUGGACAUCAACAUCUACUCCUCGACAUUGCAACAAAGGACCCUGGCCUUGAAACCGCGGCUCUGCUCACAGAUGGUCUCACCGCGGCCGAGCAGCAGCUCGAGAGUGCUCUCCAGCGGCAAUCAGGACCUACACGAGGGCCCCCGCCACAAGGGGGCAUGGGCGCGAACCUGGCAAAGCGACUGCAGCUCUACAGGCAGCGAGCGUUCACGCUCGAGGUCUUAAGCAGGGGAUUGCAGCCCAAGUUGCACGAGGCCCAGGCUUCUAAAGAGGAGGACCGCAGGCGGAUUUUGAACAGCAUCGUGCAGAAGGAUAGCUUGGAUGCAGAGCCGGACUGUCAGCAUGUCAACUAUGAUGUCGUCAACACUUCUUUGGGGGGCAUCUUUGCAAGAGCUGGCUUGGAGCAGGCACUACUCAAGGGACAGGUCAAAGAGUUAUGUUUCCACAAAGCCCUUCAUGCAGAUGCCAGUUGUUCGGAGCUGAAGCUGGACUUGACGCAUAUGUCUCCCAAUGAUGUACACCUGGCAGACUUGGGGUUGUGUAUUCCCUGUGCUCUGCGACGCUUGCAGCUGGACUUGAGUGGCUGUGAGAAUUUGACUGCAAACGGCGUUGCUGCCUUGGCUCUUGGAUUUCCUGCUUCCAUGCACCAUCUUAAGGUUGAUUUUCGGAGUUGCACGAACCUCACAGAUGAAGAAAUGGCUGUCAUUGGGUCAAGGUGGCCCCCCAAGCUCCAAGACUUACAGCUGAGCUUCCUUUACUGCAACAACAUUGGUGAUUGCGGGCUAGCCGCUUUGGGAGCGGGACUUCCGCACUCGCUACGACAGUUGAAGCUGGACCUCACUAGCACUGGAAUUGGGGAUGCUGGCGUGGCCAGUCUGGCAGCUGGUCUUCCAAGCAAACUCCAGUGGCUGGAUCUGGAAUUCAGGUAUUGCAAGAUAGGCGAUCGAGGUUUGGCAGCCCUUGCAGCUGGCCUCCCACAACACUUAGAGCACUUCCAGCUCUCAGUACGGAACUGCUUGAGCUUGGGUGAUGCUGGUUCGGUCGCCUUGUCAGUGGCCUUGCCGACCUCUUUGCUGUUCUUGCAACUGAACUUUGCCAACCUUUCGUGCGGCCUUUCGGACUGCACGCUCAGCGCUUUGGCAGCCGGCUUGCCACACAGCGUGAGAGAGCUGCAUGUGUCCUUUAACGGUGCCAGUCGCCUGAGUGGUGUUGGAAUGGCCGCUUUGGCUGCCGGCCUUAACAAGGCAAAGUUUUUAGACAAAUUGCAGCUGGACUUUGGAUUCUGCCUACAGCUUACAGAUGAUGGGUUGGCUGCUCUUGGCGCAGCACUUCCGACACAGAUAACAGAGUUGAAGCUCGACUUUGCCUGUACGAAAUUCAGCGAUGCCGGGAUUGCCGCACUUGGUGCUGGGCUCCCCUCUGGGCUGCAACGUCUGAGCAUGAACAUGGAAUUCUGCAGAGACAUGUCUAUGAGGCAGAACGACGAGAUGUUCAGCGAUCCCUCUCUAUUCCGUGGUUGGGCCACUAAGUGGCACGAGCUCAACGCCGCUGUUCCCCCUGCUGACAGCGCCAUUGGCAGUGAGGAGUGGCCGGUUGCAGCUGAGCCAGCCAUCGCAGCGGCUGCCACCGAGCCAAGGCUGGAAAAUGUCAAAGCCGGCCACGAGACUGCUCUACCUGCCUCCGAGCCUUUGGACAGGAGCUUGCAGCUGGUGGAGCCAAUUGUGCCGCUGCCAGCUGUGCCUUGUCUUUGUCUUGCACUUCGUUGCUGUCAUCGGGUUCUUCGAGAAUUGAAGCUUGGCUGGAAGUCCGAAGCGAUCGAGGACUCGCACCUUGACGUGCUGAGUUCCGCUUUGCCCAGUACACUACUGGGCUUAGAGCUGAAGUUUCAGGCGUGUGAGUGCAUUGGUGACGAUGGCCUGGCUGCCUUGGGCGCAAGGUUCCCAGGUGAGCUCCAGUAUGUCCGGCUCCACUUCAGGCAAUGCAAACGUGUUGGCGAUGCUGGGGUGAGGAGGCUUGUUGCGGGUCUUCCGUGCCGAUUAAGGUAUCUAGAGCUCCAUCUCUACUCAUGCAAGAGCCUCACAAAUGCUGGGCUGGCGGGUCUUGCAGCCGGGCUGUCAAGUUUGGAAAUGCUGCAAGAACUGUUGCUGUCCUGGAGCUUUUCAGAGAAGAUCAGUGAUGAUGGGCUGGCUGCUUUGGCAGCAGCACUGCCCCCAUCAUUGCUGCAUCUGGACCUUGGCAUGCAGAAGUGUGGCAUUGGUGACACUGGGCUGUCAACAUUGGCCCGUAGAUUGCCGAAAGAGCUUCAGCAUCUGCGGCUGAGCUGCUUCCCGCUGCCCACGCUGGGCGACACUGGAGUACAAGCCCUUGCAGAGGGACUUCCACCGCAGCUGAGGGAGCUGAGUUUGGAUUUCUCAGACUGUCCGCAAAUCGGCGAUGCUGGGCUCAUUGCUUUAGGUGCCAAUCUUCCUGCCAAACUGGAGGCUCUGGAUCUACGGCUAUUCAACAACACAAAGAUUGGUGUUCAUGGGCUCGCUGCGCUGGCGGAAGGAUUGUCAGAUCUGGAAAUGCAGGGAUUGAGACUGGUUCUCAGAUUCUGUUCAAACUUGUGUGACGCCGGGCUGGCUGCAUUAGGAGAAGGGUUACCGAGGCAACUGCGAAUUUUAGAUUUGGACUGCACAUGUUGUGAGCGGAUUGGCGAUGCUGGCCUUGCUGGCUUGGCGGCAGGGUUGCCGGAAGCGCUACAACACUUGCAGCUAACGUGUUCUGGGUGCGAAAGAGUUACCAUUGAGGAGACCAGCUCCCUUUUCACCGAUGCUACCGAAUUUCGAGCUUGGGCCAUGGAGUAUUCCCAACAAGGGCGUGCUGAGUAG